AUGACACGAGCUUCUGCACCGCCGAUUCUGCUGCAGCUCCACAGCCCAGAGUCGGUCUCCGCGCAAGUAACAUCAUUGCGCAACCUCAAGAAUGAGUUGAUCGGCCAUGACCAGCGCAAGGAAGCCUACGUCAACGCGGGUGUCAUUCCUGCUCUGGCGCAGGUGCUCACCUCGAGACGACCGACCGAGUUCAAUGGAUCGGUACAAGAGAAAUCAAAGUCAGAAGAGUUGGAGGCCUGUCUUCAGGCGAUUCUGAUCGUUGGAAGCUUAGCACAAGGUGGCCCGACAUUUCUUGCUCCCAUAUUCGCCAGCAAUAUUCUUCCCACUCUCCUCUCCAUCCUGUCUUCCCAAGAAUGCCCACUCUCGUUCCGCCUUCCUAUUCUCAGAGUCCUAAGCACGAUUGCGGAUCGUCUACCGCUGCAGAGUCAAGAGCAAUGGCCUCGGGACACACGCUUGGCCGAUCUUCUCUUCGCCUCUGAGCACAUUGGGUGCCUCACUCGGAUUCUUGGAGAAAAUUACGGAUCCGCCCAGAUACAGACGUCCAUCGAGUUGGCCGCUGCCCUGAUUGGGAAGCUGUGCACGGAGGAGAGCCAUAAGACAGCACUAGCAGAGUGUGGGGUGCUGGAUGCCCUGGCGGUCAAGAUUGCCUCUUUUGUGGUGGCACAGGGAUUUGUGCUCCCUGGUGCCGAGGACCAUCUCCAAUAUCUAGGUGCUUUGGAGGCAAUCCCGUCGCCAGCUCCUGCAUCUGCCCAUCUGGCACCGAUUCUCCGCGCAGUUACGGUGAUCAUUGAGCAUUCUAAAUGGCGCGCGGAGCAUCUCCUCUCGUCGCCCGCAAUUGUGACGGUAUUUCCCAAGCAGGUACCGGGCUUUUCUCCAUCCGACAUCAAAAAGGGACCAUGGGGAACACCGUAUCUUGGAAGCUCAGCGGUGCCACGGCCCGUUGGCCCCAAUCCGGUCGAUGAGCUGCUGCCCUCAGUCCCACUCGCCCAUGCCAAAGCGUCUCCUAACGCCGCGAAUUUCCCACCUCUGGGGCACGGGGGCUCGCAGCGUCGGCACAGUAGCCACUCUUUCCCCACGCCGUUCUCUCUGACGGAGACGCCUAUCCCUGAGGAAGACGAGAACUCCAUUGUUCCAUGGCUUCUGUGCAUUCUGCGUUCGGAAAAUGGCAUGGCACGCCUGAUGGCUGCCCGUCUGGUCACGGCGCUGUUCCGGCUGGGAUUGGCAAAGAAGCACCGGGUGCCUAUGUUUAGUUAUCUGCUUAUCCCCAUCCUCAUUCGAAUGCUUGACAAGGACUUUUCCUUACCAGAUGAAGGUGGUCCCAACUACAACGGGUUGAUCUCGCCGACACAAUGCCUGAAAGAGGAGGCUCCAGCAGUACUGGCCAAUUUGGUAAUGGAUGAUCAAGAAUUGCAGAAACAUGCGGUUGAUGGCAGUGCGCUCAAACGGUUGUCCCAACUUUUGAAGGAGACAUAUAAUCCAGUUCCAGAGAGCUCACGACCAAUGUGGCAAGCAGAAAGUGAUACUUUAGCUACAGAUUCCGAGUCAGUGUCGGCGGAGUGCCGCCUUGGGCCUCCAGGCUACUCGCCAACAUUGUGCCAUGUUAUGCGGUAUCGGGAGAGCAUUCUCAAGGCUUUGGCAGCCUUGGUUCCGUUCAAGGACGAGUAUCGCAAGGCGGUCUGUGAGAAUGGCGUGGUCCCCUACAUUAUUGACUCGCUCAAGCCACGGCCAAGUGAUGCACCGGCGGACGCUUCGAUUCCCAAGAACACGGCCGCUGACGGCAACCCGACUCCGACGCUGCUGGCUGCUUGUGGCGCGGCGCGGAUGUUGACGAGGUCGGUCAGCGUGUUGAGGACUAGCCUAAUUGACGCUGGGGUCGCCCAGCCUCUGUUUGCUCUCAUUAAGCAUCCAGAUUUAGAGGUGCAGAUCGCAGCUACAGCGGCAAUCUGCAACCUCGCAUUGGAUUUCAGUCCCAUGAAAGAGGCAAUCAUCUCCGCCGAUAUUAUCCCACUUCUGUGCGAGCAUGCUCAUUCGUCCAACACCAAGCUCCGCAUUGAAUCUCUAUGGGCACUGAAACACGUAGUCUACAAUACAUCGAACGACAUCAAGAUGAAAGUCGUCGCAGCACUGGGUCCAGCCUGGAUUUGGCAAGUCAUCAGCCAAGACCCUGUCAGCAACUUGACGAAACGAGGGAUGGAGGACGAGAUGGAUCAGGGCGCUGGGAUUGCCAUGGGUCGAGCCAACUCAGCCGGGGAACAAGUCGACAUUUUGAAUCCCAUGGAGGAAGCCGGCUCACGGGACGAAGGCUUCAAGACGACGGACACCAUGCCGCCGUCGAAGAUGAGUUUGGAAAUGUUCCUCCCGGAUGCUCGACGCCGACGCAAACUGGUCCUGCAUGGCGACUUGGAGCAAUCGACCCAGGCACGACAGGACGAUAUUGCGGUUCAAGAGCAAACGUUCGACUUGCUACGCAAUAUCAUCUGCGGUCCGGGCGCUCCCGAGAUGAUCGAUCAUUUGUUCAAAGAGAUCGGGCAGGACGAGCUCCUUGGCGCGCUGGCAGAUAACCUGCGGUCACGCAGCAUCCAGCUUCCCCAUCGCCGCGAGUCCUCUAGUCGAUCCCUGCAAAUCCCCGUGGAGAUCCUGAGCUCGGUCACGGCGCUGAUUAUCCACCUGGCUGCGGGCCUCCCCCGACACCGGCAGCUGCUUGUGUCGCACCGCAACCUAAUGCGUUCGCUGACCGACUACUUCAACCAUACCCAUCGUGAAGUACGGGUGAACUGCGUAUGGGUAGUGAUCAACCUCAUCUACGAAGAAGAUCAGAGUGACCGUGAAGGGUGCCGUGAGCGCGCUGCCAAGCUGCGGUCACUAGGGAUCGCAGACCGGCUGGCCAGUUUGACGGACGAUUCAGAUUUGGACGUGAAGGAGCGCACCAAGACAGCGGUGCACCUACUGAACUCGCUAGCGCCGGCAUGA